ACUUGCAGUUCGUUUCUAGAAGAAAUGCUGGCCAGUGGCAGAAUUCAUGGAGACUUAAUGAAUACUAUUCAACGCCCAAGUGAUCACUCAAGCAGAAAAUAUGCAAAAAUAGCUUGAGGCUGCAGAAAUUAUCACUUUGGAUAAUAUAAACGCACAAAAAAUGCGGACUUGGUUGGUGAUAGCCCUACUUGUGGGCUGCUGUUUGCUCAUAGCUCAAUCAAAAGAAGCUAAACAAUCAAAAGCGUUACUGAAACAAAAGAAAAUAAAAUCUGAAAAAGUCGAAGCGCUAAAACCGAAGCCAGAGAAGCAAGAUAAAGGUGGGAAUGAUCAAGACGAGGAAGAUCAAGAAUUCGCAGAUGACGAUGAAGAUGACAAAUUAAGUUUAGAAUCUCAAGACGAAUCUUCCGGAGAGCCAGAAGCUAGAGAUGGUGGAAUGGCUCAGUUACCAGAUGAAUUAACAAAAGGACAAGGUGUUGGAAAACCAAAUCUUCCUCCUGGUGCACAAGCUGUUGCUGCUCCUCCCAACCAACAGCCACCACCUAACCCACUGCAAGGCAUGGAGGAUGAUGGAAAGGCAGCUGGAUCAGGAGGUGGUGAAGACUUGAAAGAACUCCUCGAUGAAAGCAUUCAAAACCUCAUCAGAGCAAACCAAGCAGUUGAAACCCUUUUAAAGGCUACUGGAAAUACUAUUGGUGGACCUGCACCACCUCAGAUGCCUGUUCAAAUGAUGAGCUAUCCUCCCUACAUGCAACCUGCCCAACAAAUGGGACCACAGAUGUGUGGAGACAUGUGUCAUGAUAUGUGUGCUCCAGAUUGUUCCUCUGAUUGCUGUGCAAACCCUUAUCAGUUUUUACAAAUGCCACCACCUCCCCCUCCACCAUGCACACCUCCUUGUGCCCCACCACCUCCACCCCCACCACCUCCACCACCUCCUCCACCCCCUCCACCUCCCCACCUCCUCCUCCACACCACCACCACCCACCUCCCCCACCACCACCACCACCUCCACCCCCACCCUGUGCACCAUUGUGCCAGGCCCCAAGCUGUGUAG